GCGGCGCGGGGCCAUGAGCCGGGCGGAGGCCGAGCCCUGCUCCCGGGCGCUGGCGCAGGCCCGUGUUUACCUGGGGCAGCUGCGGGGCCGCGUGGGCCCGGCGGGGCCUGAGGGCGGCGGGCGCCGCGAUUACCUGGUGGAGGCGGCGCGGCAGCUGCGGCUGGCGCUGGAGCGGGACGUCAGCGAGGACUACGAGGAGGCCUUCAACCACUACCAGAACGGCGUGGACGUGCUGCUCCGCGGCGUGCAGGUUGACCCCAACAAGGAGCGUCGGGAGGCCGUGAAGCGGAAGAUCACGCAGUACCUGCGGCGCGCCGAGGAGAUCUUCAAUUGCCACCUGCAGCGGGCGGCGGGGGGCGGCAGCACGGCCGCCACGGGCUACAGCAGCCUGCGCUUCCGGCCCAUCAGGACCCUGAGCUCAGCAGUGGAGAACCUGAGACGCUGCAAGGUUGUGGGAGUGAUUGAUAAGGUGCAGAUUGUCCAGGAUCCAGCCACUGGUGAGACCUUCAUACUCAAGAGCCUCCCCAAGUCCCACGUUGAGACCCGUCAGCGACAGACCAUCAUCCCUCACGGGGUCCCCUUCAUGGUCAAGCUGUUGUGCUACUAUGUGAGUGAGGACUCCAUCUUCCUCCAUCUGGAGCACGUGCAGGGGGGGACACUGUGGUCUCACCUCCGCUCCAAGUACUGUGUGCAGCAGGACUGUGCUGAUUCAAACACCAUUCAAGCCUUCCAGGACCAUGGCACAGAGGAUGGUGUGGGAAACUCCCAAGGUGGCAGCCAAGUGUCCCUCCUCCCUUGGACAGGCAGUGGCCUCCCAGGCUCUGUGAACUACCAAGUGUUGGGAAGCACUGAUGCCUCAGUCCCCCAGGAGCAGUCCCCUGGCCCCACAGACUCUGGCUCAGGGAACCACUGCCAGCUUCUCCUGGCUCCUGCUGGUGGCAGUGGGGCUGCACCCGGAGGACAGGAUCUGAGUGUGACACAGACUGUAUCUGGUGUUGUGGACCAUUUUCCAGCAGCAUCAGCCAAAUGCCCUGGCCAUCUUGCCAGCCAGGGCCUGGUUGUCUACCCAUGGAAUGAUCUAACCAGCAGCACAGGCUGCAUAUCUGAGAGAACAGCCUCCCAGCAAGGCCCCAGGCUUCCCCAGGGGCUUGUCCCUGUUCCAAAGACUGUGAGAGGGGGCCAGCCAGGGGCAGGGCAACUGCCAGCUCAGAAAGUGUCUGAGGCCUCGCAGGCUCAGCCCCUCCUGACCCAGGGUGAGAGGCAGCUUCCUGCAGGAGUUGCCCUGUCCAGCUCUGGCAAACCCAGUGUGCCUGACCCAGCCAUGUGGGAGCCUUCUUGGAGAGCAAGCCUGACCUGUGGCUGCCUCAGCAAACAGCCAGCAUCAGGACAAUGCAGGGCUUUGGCUUCCCACGGGCACAACCGGAGAGCGUGGGCUGUAAAGGAAGAGCAGGUGCAGCUGUGGGCAGCAGAAAUCCUCCUGGCCUUAGAGGGACUUCACCAACAGGGUAUAUUGUGCCGGGACCUCAACCCCAGGAACCUGCUGCUUGAUACAGCUGGUCAUGUCCGUCUCACCUUCUUUGGCCAGUGGACAGAGGUGGAGCCCCAGUACUGCAGCCAGGCACGGGAAGAGCUGUACAGUGCCCCAGAAGUGGGGGGGAUCAUGGAGCCCACUGAAGCAGCUGACUGCUGGAGCUUUGGCUCUCUCUUGUAUGAGUUGCUGACAGGAGUGCCACUCUCCCAAAACCAUCCAUCAGGGAUUCAGCCUCACACCCAGCUGCAUCUGCCAGAGGGCCUCAGCCUGGCUGCUACAUCACUGCUCACCGAGCUCCUGCAGUACAAUCCAAAACGCCGCUUGGGCUCUGGAGGAGGUGGCAUAACAAAGCUGAAGUCUCACUCCUUCUUCAGCACAGUCCCGUGGAACAAGCUGGUGGGCUAGGCAGGCUGUCCUUCCCCCAGGGAGCUGGGCCCUGGGCUGCUUCCCUGGCACUUGUGGCCGCAGUGGCACUGGCAGCACUGUCUGCUGGGGAAGGCUUGCCUCAAGGGCUGCUCUGAGGUGGGGCACACACGAGGUUCUGCAGCCUUACCUGUCCUUCUGUCUCUGCUUCUGUUCGUUGCCAUCUCCAAAGAGGAGGUGUCAGGCUGGGCCUGUCUUCUCUAGGUCCUCCCUGGGGGGAAAAGGAACCUGGAUACCCACCUCCAGGAAGUGGUGGUGUUCCCCUUCUUGGGGCAUCUCUUCCUCAGCUCAGCACCCUGCCCUGGAACUCCCUCCCUGUGUUUUUUAUCUCUGCUGCUACCACAGUGACCCCCCUGCUCUGUUACUUUUUGUGGCUUUCAAAUGCAGCCCCUCUGGGCUCUGCUGGCUGGAGCCCAAGCCUGCUGUCUCUGCCCCUCCCUGACUGCAUGUUUGUGUGUGGGUCAUCCCUGCUGCAGGGGUGACACAAGAAGGAGCCCUCUGCUCUCCUCCCCUUUGCCCUCUGAAAAAAAAUAAACUACUCAAUAUCACUUAGAGAAGUGUCCUUUUGUUUCUGAGCUGCAUCAGCGAGGUGUAGGCCAAGCCUGCUCAGUGACAGAGCCCCAGAUCUGUUUCUGAAACCUGCCUGGGCGCCCUGGGUUGGUGCCACCCCAGCCAUCAGCACCCUGCAGCCAAACCCCAGAAGGUGACAGUGAGUGCUUGGCCUUGUGUCCUUGUGCUGCUGCCUGCCUCACACCCUCAGGUCUGCACAGCUGUGUGCCUGCAGCUCAGACGUGGGAGAAAUGCCUGGGUUUUCUUCCAGCCUUUUGUCAUUGUUAGGUGUUGUGGCUCCAGCCAUCCACACCCGGUGCACCUUCCCGCGGGCAGGACAGCAGCCCUGCCAACCGUGCUUUGAGCACAGCCAUCCCUGCUGCCUCACACCGUGAGGGUUUGAAGGGGGGAACCUGGGAGAGCCAGCACAGAGGGAAGGAGGCCACAUGUACGUGGAUUCUGGAUUAAAAAGUACAAACACGUGUGUCUGCUGACAGCCCAAGGUGGAGGCUGCCGUGCUCAGUGGUGCACAUCAAAGCCACAGGCUGAAGGAUGAGCUCGCAAUGGCAGCGGUGCAGUUCUGACCCUCCUCUCCCAGCACCCCGUCACACUUCUCACUUACCUUCCCUAGUAAGGGAUUACUGGUACAAGCCACACCUCUCUGUGGCUCGCUGGUUCCAGCUCCUGCUUGCCCGCAGCCGCAGACACCCUCCCAGGCAGCAGCAGGAGUGCUCGUCCAGCAGAGGGAAGCAGAGCUCUGGAGAAACUCAUCUCCUACACCAGCAAAGGUACAGACACCUCGACUGCUGUGCAGGGAGCUGACCACUAAUGCCACAGAGGGCCAGAGAGCAGGAGCAGCUGAGCCUGGAGCUUUUCCUCUCCAUGGCAGCCCGCAGUGGCUGAACCCUCCAGCUGCAGCCUUGCACUCCCGUCCACCAGCCUCUAGUCCCGUGAUUGAGGGGAGAUUCAGGAGGAAGGACCCUGUGUCCAAAGGCACAGCAUGGCAUCUCACAAUUCAGAGCCACGGGUGUCACCCAAGGGAGUCAAAGGGAAGUUUCAAGCACUAUUCUCACAGCAAGCCUUGACAGGGCAGAUUAAAUAAAGCAGUUUGCAUAAUUUUAAGAGUUUGACUGAAGAGACCCUUCCUGUUUGGUUCAAAGACCUCACUUAUUGCAGCUCCAGACAGAAAAAAGGCUUCCCCAGGCUCAUGUACAAAGUCAAGCUGGACACCCUGUAUCCUAAACCAGCACAGAGGUUGAGUGUAAGCAGCAUUUUUUAAUCAAAACCUUCUCUUUCACUCAACUUAUUUGUGCAAGAAUUUAGACUCUCUACCCUUCCCAGAACAAGGAAGGGUUUUUUCCUUUCCCUAACCUACCAGGGCCAGGCAAAGAAGCUGACUCUGCACUCUGUUUUUGUCCCUAGCUGCCAGGAAAAUGCAGGCAGCAGUACCAGGAACUGCCUUCCCUCCAUUCGUUUGGCAGCUGUGAGUGCAGUCAUUUUCUGUUAGAAGGGGCUGCCCUCUUCAGCUGUAGCUGGGAAGGGUAAACCAUCUCUCAAGUUGAUGUCAGAGCUGGGAAAACCCUGCCAUGAUCUAGGAAUAAUUUGGUGUUGUCCCAAGGACAGCUUCUUAGGGAAACAUCCAGUACCACAGACAGCUUACACUGUUUCUUGCUCUUGCUUCCUUUCUCCCUCUGCAACAGCUUUUCCACACUUGCAUGAAUUACAACUCUCCCCGUUGCAGCAGUAAAAAUUCAACUUCUGAAAAACUGUAUGAGCCUGUCCCAGGUCUCCCUCUUGGCCAUCAUGCCCUUUAGCUAACACUGAGAAUUCCUCACCAUCUGCAAUCGUUCUGUUGUUAGAAAAGGAUUUCCAGCCCUAAAAACCUCCUCUGUGCUGGGAAGAGCCAAUUCCUUGGCAGAGACUUUGAGGACAGCAGUGUUCACAGGCACAGAAGACUCAAUUUAGUACCACCUCAGAUGGGCUCAGCUCCCAUUGCCCCUUUUCUCUCACCACCAGAUAACAGGACUCUUGCACUGCACUCAGGAUGCCACUGAUGCCAGAGUCCUCGCCCACUCAAACACACCCCACCUUGCAGUCGUUGCACAGUUUUAUUUCAUUUAAAAUCCGCUGUGUUAAAUAUUUUUGUUACAAGUUCUGUGUAGGGGGUAAGAGUAAUAGACUCCGCAGGCACUAGCAACCCCCUCACCCCUCAAUUCAUGUGUGCGCUAUCAGAUUAAGAACUGCCCCCCUCCCCCCAAAACCAGCACCCGUGGGCUGGGAUAUACAUGACAGUGAAAGGCCUGGCCCCCCAGCUGUGCUGGAGCAGCCAAGCCCCCGCACGCAGGAAGCCAGCAGGCAGACCCACCGCCAGUGAGCUGUGUGCCAAGGGCAGCUGCUGGGGGCUGCUUCUCACCCCCGUGUCGGGCAUGUGAUGGUGAAAGGGUUGUCCCCAGGAACGGUGCCACCUCCACAGAGGUCACGGGCUCUGCCCACCCCAACAAGAACGUUCACGCCACACUGACUGGGCUGGUGAAAGACAAUCGCCAAGGGAAAGUACAGGAGCUGCCACCCCGUGCUACUGUCUGUGGAGGGAGUGUAACUAGGGCACUGCCAGAAGCAU